ACGUAUUCAUAACGUGCUACGCUACAUUCGACGAAGCAUCUCAUUCGCUUAUUCACCAUCACGAUGGAUUUAUCGUUGCUUUCGUCGCCCUUUACGCUACUUUUGAUUACUCUGAUCGUCAUUGGCGUCCUGAAAGUUGUUACUGUAUUUUAUCGUAUCUAUACUUUCUGGAAAAAAAAGGGCGCGCCAUACUUUCCAAAUUCGUGGUCGUCUAAUAUAACGGGUUGGAAAUUGCUUCUGGCCCGCAUCAGUCUUACCGAAUAUUGCAAAUAUAUAUACAAUUACAUCCCAAACGCUAAAUAUGUUGGAAUGAUGGAUUUUGCCACAACUACCGUGCUACUACGUGAUCCCGAACUGAUCAAAGACAUCAUGGUGAAGGACUUCGAACACUUCCCGGAUCAUCGCAGUUUUAUUAACGAAGACAUAGAACCGUUACUCGGCAAGAACAUUUUUGCCCUGCGUGGUGAUCGUUGGAAAGAAAUGAGAAAUACAUUGAGCCCGUCUUUCACCGCCAGCAAGAUGAAGUUCAUGUUUGAUCUCAUAUCAAAAUGCUCUAAGGACUUUGUUGAUUAUUUCGCGGAUCAUCCUGAAAUCUGCCAUGCGAUCGAGACAAAGGAAGCUUUCAGAAGAUAUACCAACGAUGUAAUUGCUACCGCAGCCUUUGGCAUAAGCGUGAACUCUAUGAAAGAUCAAGAUAAUGAAUUUUACAUAAGAGGCAUGGAGACUACCAAAGCUUUUAGUGGUUCCCUAAUAAUGAUCAAGAUGACAAUUAUGCGAUUGUGUCCAAACUUUGCUAGAAGAAUGGGUCUGACAUUAUUUUCACCAGCUACAACGAAGUUUUUUAAAACUGUCGUCGCGGAAACCAUCAAAGCGCGAGAAGAGCAAAGUAUUGUCCGACCGGAUAUGAUUCAUUUACUGAUGAAGGCUCGGGACAAGAACGACGCCAGCGUACGCAAGAUGACCCUGGACGACAUCGUCUCACAAGCUUUUGUUUUUUUCUCUGCCGGUUUUGAUACAACCGCGACACUAAUGUGUUUUGCCGUUCACGAACUAGCGGUUAAUCAAGACGUUCAGAACCGUUUGCGCGAAGAGGUGCAAAAGCAUCUCGCAGAAGGGAACGGUGAGAUUUCCUACGACUCGCUAUCAAAGAUGUCUUACAUGGACAUGGUGAUUUCCGAGACUCUCAGAAAGUAUCCACCGGCAAUCUUCACCGACAGACUUUGCACACAGAGAUACGAACUACCGCCGUCACAACCAGGCUGCAAGAGUGUCAUCCUUGAACCUAACAGUGUAUUGAUGUUACCCAUUUACGGUUUACAUCACGAUCCGCAGUAUUUUCCGAACCCGGACAAAUUCGAUCCCGAGAGGUUCAGCGAGGAGAACAAAGACAACAUUGUACCGUAUAGUUAUCUACCGUUCGGUCAUGGACCUAGAAAAUGUAUCGGCAAUCGAUUUGCUUUAAUGGAGACGAAAAUUUUAAUAGCUCAUCUUUUGCAAAAGUUUACUGUAAAAACUACAGAAAAAACUGUCGAACCGAUUGUAUUCAGUAAAAAGGAAUUUACGUUACAACCUGUUGGUGGAUUCUGGGUCGCUUUAGAGAAGAGAGAGAAUAUUCUAUAAAAUGAAAAUGUUUUAUAAAAAAAUUGAAAGAGUAUUAGUCAAUUGUAUUGAUCGUUUUCAAUGACUUAUGUAACUUACAAUUAUGCUAUAUGAGUGGUAAGUAGUGAGUGGUGAAGAAUGUAUUUCUUAUUUUUAUCAACAGGUUUGACAUUUUGACAUUUGGUUUUGAAUUCUACUAUUGUCGAAAAAGUUCUUAUCCACCCAAAAUUGGUCCCGACCUCAUCUAUAAAAUACAAUUCAUACUUUGAGAAUCUUUUCUCAAUACUAUUACACAUCUCAUGCGCAUUUAAAUUUAUUUUAACGCAAGGAUAAUUAUUAACGUUUGGAGAACAUUUUAACAAGUUCUGAAAGAAAUGUUAAAAGUUAUUUUUUUAUUAAAUAUAUUUGUAAUGAAAUAAAGAGCACUCAACCCAUUAUUUAUAACGUUUUAAAAAAAUGAGUUUUUAAAUAUUAUAUAAGUAUUUUUUAAAUU